AUGACCAAAUUAACGGAUGGAAUUCCGCCUAACACAAAAACGUCUCUUACUCCCACACGUACUCAUACAUCCACGCCAGCAUCUCACCCAUCUUCACCACUAUCCUCUUCUUCAUCAUCUACUCUACGAAACUUAAGAGAAACCUUCAAAUUUAAAUCUAGUAGGAAGUCUACUUCAUCGAAGAAGGAUCCUAUACCGUUACAUACGAAUGUGAAAUCUAAUCAUAGAACAUUGCAACGAAAACCAUUAUCAGAAUCACCAUCGAAACCCUCAACACCAAUCCCGAAGAAGAAAUCAUCUUUCUCGUCACCAUCUUCAAAUGAUAAGACCACAAUACCUAAUAAUAACAAUAAUAAUAAAAGGACAUCAGCUCAAAAAAUCUCUCUUUUUAAAUAUGACAACGUCCAAGUAAUGAAUUGUUUUGUCCCUAUAUCUGCAUCAUCAACAAGAAGAUCCUCAUCAUCUCAUUCUAGCUCGAACUUUGCCGAUUCUCAUAGCGAUAAGAGUGAUUUAUCCAAUACGAUAAGUGUAAGGAUAAAACCGACAUCAUUAAUGGCUCAAGGCCCAUUAGAAAUUUAUCAAAUUUUUACUCCCGAUAUCUCUUCAAAUAUGAAAGGGUCUGUAAAUGGAAACGGAAAUGGAAAUGGACAGACGAUGAAUUAUUUAUCAAUUGGAAGAAACAGUAAUAUCAUUCAUCCACUGUUACCUAAAUUGAAAGUUACUAAAUUGUAUGGUGGUAGUGGAGCUAAUGAUGGUUAUAAAUAUUUUAUAAAUUUUUAUAAUCCUGAACGAUUUUGGGAAAUAGAUUUUUUACCUAUCCUGGGGAAUGAUAUGAGUGUAAAUGAACCGUUACAAAAUGUUAUAAAGGAGUUUGAAAGAGUUAUAAGUAAGGUAUGUCAAUUUGCAAUAAUUGAAGAAGAAGUUGAAGAUGAAGGUCAGUUGGGAGCUGACUCAUUAGCAGAAAAUUCUAGUGUACACAUUAAUCGACUGAAUCUAAUAUACACAGAUGGGAAGGUGUCAGACACUACAAGCUACGAACCAAAGAAUAUGAUAGAAGAACAAAAACAAGAUACUAGCGAUGAUGACGAUGAAUUGAACUACUUAUUAGAAGAUAUAAACGAAGAAGAAGAAGAAGAAGAAGAAGAAAAGGAAAACAACGAGAGAGUCCAAUCGCGAUACAUACCUCCAACUCAAGUACGAAGGAAUAGCACAUCUGAUAUUUUACCCGCAGAAAAUAAAAUACAAGAUGCAUUCAGAAGGGCAAUGGAAAAUUGUUCAUAUUCAUGGGAGCAUUUUAAUGGACUGAAGCUUAAAGAAAGUAACGAUAGUAGGCGAAGUAUGAUGAUACAACCUAUCCUGACAAGAGAUACGGACCAAUCUUUAACUAGGAAACAAAUGCUUAUACAAAAUAGAAGAUCUAUAUCUUUAUUCUCUAAUUUACAUUAA